AUGCUCAUCUUCUUCAAGAAAGAGACACUUGAGAGCCAUCCAAUAUGUGCAUGCUGUAGCCAACAGGCCACAAAGGAGAAUGCCCCCAUCACAUUCACAGACCUAGACUUCGCAGGAACUGAUCCAAACCAAGAUGACCCCAUGGUCAUAAUUGUCGAACUCCAAAAUUUCGCGGUAAAGAAGGUACUAGUCGACCAAGGGAGUUCGAUAGACAUACUGUAUUGGAAGACCUUCCGAAAGUUGCAGAUACCCCCGGAAGAUUUGACACCAUACGAUGACCCCAUAUACGGAUUCGCCGGCGAAAGAGUUCCGACCAAAGGUUACGUUGACUUGCAUACAACCUUUGGUGAGGGACAGGGAGUUAGAACCAUACUGAUCCGUUACUUGGUCGUCGACGCCCACACCUCAUACAAUGUGCUACUAGGACGUCCCUCCCUGAACGCAAUAGGAGCAAUAGUAUCCACCCCACACCUGGCUAUGAAAUUUCCCUCGCCAUCAGGAGACAUCCUCACAGUGCAUGGCGACCAAAAGGCAGCCAGGGAAUGCUACAUGGCCAGCCUAAAGUUGCCUCAGCCCCCCCUCACGGCUCACAACAUCGAAACCACUCCCGAAGGAGCUCUCUUGGUUGGAGACGACCUCGACCCCAGAAUCAAUUCUGAUUCUCGUGUGGAACCAAUGGGAGAAACAAGGCAGUUUCCCCUGACUCGCGCAGCAAAUAGAAAAGAAGCCAAACCUGUCUCCCAGAAAAAACACAAACUAGGAGAAGAGCGGAGGCAAGCCGCCAAGGCCGAAGCAGAGAAGCUAAGACUGGCCGAAUUUGUGGGCGAAGCCCGCUACACAACGUGGUUAGCCAAUGUCGUUCUGGUCAAGAAACCUAACGGGAAGUGGCGAAUGUGCGUCGACUACACUAACCUCAACAAGGCCUGCCCCAGAGACGCUUACCCCCUCUCCAGCAUAGAUUGA